UUUUUGAGAGUAGUCUCCCAUGCAUCUGACGUGUCAGGCUUGACUUCCGCCUUAUCGUUUUCUGUGUUGUUGGAAUAUUUUGCCACAUCUGUGCUACGGUUCUAGAUUCUAGAGCCGCAAAUCAACAUGGCAACGUACCAGGAGUUUAUACAGCAGAACGAAGAAAGGGAUGGCAUUCGAUUCAGCUGGAAUGUAUGGCCUUCAAGUAGGUUGGAGGCCACACGAAUGGUUGUUCCACUGGGUGCAAUAUUUACUCCUCUAAAAGAAAGAGUUGAUCUACCACCUAUCCAGUAUGACCCAGUGUUAUGUACGCGCACAACAUGUCGUGCUAUUCUCAACCCAUUUUGCCAAAUUGAUUACAGAGCCAAGAUGUGGGCAUGUAAUUUUUGUUACCAAAGAAACCCUUUCCCACCCCAGUAUGCUGCCAUAUCUGAACAGCACCAGCCAGCUGAAAUUAUACCACAGUUCUCUACCCUUGAGUACACCAUAACAAGGGCCACCUGCCACCCCCCAAUUUUCCUUCUAGUCGUAGACACAUGUUUUCCUGAAGAUGAAGACUUGCAAGGUUUAAAGGAAUCCCUGCAAAUGUCCCUCAGUCUUUUGCCACCAAAUGCUCUGAUUGGCCUGAUCACAUAUGGUAAGAUGGUGCAAGUCCAUGAGUUGGGAAGUGAAGGCGUGUCUAAAUCUUAUGUCUUCAGAGGUACAAAAGAGCUCACAGCAAAACAGAUUCAAGAAAUGUUGGGCAUCGGCCGCGGAGCUCAGGCCCAGCCCCAGCAGCAGCAGAGAGGAGGAGCACCGGCGAACCAGCAACACACCCAGCUCCCAUCCAACAGAUUCCUGCAGCCAGUCCACAAAUGUGAUAUGAGCUUGACUGAUCUCCUGGGUGAACUACAGAGAGAUCCCUGGCCAGUGGCGCAGGGCAAACGUCCACUGCGUUCUGUUGGAGCUGCUCUCUCCAUUGCUGUUGGGUUACUUGAAUGCACCUUCCCCAACACAGGUGCACGCAUCAUGCUGUUUAUGGGUGGCCCCUGCACCCAGGGCCCAGGUAUGGUUGUGGAUGAUGAGCUCAAGCACCCCAUCAGGUCCCACCACGACAUUGAGAAAGACAACUGCAAGUACAUGAAGAAAGGCAUGAAGCACUAUGAAGGCCUGGCUAACAGAGCAGCUGGCAAUGGACAUAUAAUAGACAUUUAUGCCUGUGCCCUGGACCAGACUGGUCUGCAUGAAAUGAAGUUUUGUCCAACCUACACAGGAGGUCACAUGGUGAUGGGAGACUCAUUCAACACAUCACUGUUCAAGCAGACUUUCCAAAGAGUCUUUGCCAAAGACCAGAAAGGGGAAUUUAAAAUGGCUUUUGGCGCUACUUUAGAAAUCAAGACAUCAAGAGAGCUGAAGGUGUCUGGCGCUAUUGGCCCCUGUGUCUCCCUGGGGGUGAAAGGUCCUGCUGUGUCAGACACGGAGAUUGGCUUGGGUGGGACGUGCCAGUGGAAGUUGUGUGGCCUCUACCCCAAUACGUCGCUGGCAGUUUGUUUUGAAGUUGUGAAUCAGCAUAAUGCCCCAAUACCUCAAGGUGGUAGAGGCUACAUACAGUUUAUAACACAGUACCAGCACUCUAGUGGGGAGAGAAGGGUUAGAGUCAGCACUGUGGCUAGAAGCUGGGCAGAUGCUAGUGCCAAUCUUCAACACAUUUCUGCUGGUUUUGACCAAGAGGCGGCCGCAGUCAUGAUGGCCAGAAUAGCUGUGUACAGGGCAGAGACAGAUGAUGGCCCGGAUGUCCUGAGAUGGCUGGAUCGUAUGCUUAUACGACUGUGCCAGAAGUUUGGAGACUACAACAAGGAUGACCCGAACUCUUUUAGAUUUACAGAAAAUUUCUCCCUCUACCCACAAUUCAUGUUCCACCUGAGAAGAUCACAGUUCCUGCAAGUGUUUAACAACAGCCCAGAUGAAACUUCCUAUUACAGGCAUAUGUUAAACGUGGAAGACUUAACCCAGUCACUGAUUAUGAUUCAGCCAAUUCUGUACUCUUACUCUUUUCAUGGUCCUCCUGAGCCAGUCCUUUUAGAUAGCAGCAGUUUACAAGCAGAUAAAAUUCUACUCAUGGAUACAUUCUUCCAUAUUCUAAUCUAUCAUGGAGAGACUAUAGCACAGUGGAAAGCACAGGGUUACCAAGACAUGCCUGAAUAUGAAAAUCUGAAGCAGCUCUUGCAAGCACCUUUGGAUGAUGCUCAAGAAAUUUUACAGACACGGUUCCCUAUGCCAAGAUAUAUUGUUACAGAGGCUGGAGCAUCCCAGGCAAGAUUCUUAUUGUCUAAAGUGAACCCAUCUCAAACACACAACAACAUGUAUGGCUUUGGAGGACAGGAUGGUUCUGUCCCAGUUUUAACAGAUGACGUCAGCCUUCAAGUAUUUAUGGAUCACCUCAAGAAACUGGCAGUGUCAAGUUCCUCCUGAAAUGAGCCGAUCCCUCAAGUUGCCCCGAGCCUGCCGGCCCCAAUCUUGUCAUCAAAACAUGAGCUGGAAGUGAGAGCCCGAGCCGUCACAUUAAUUUAGUCAUAUUUUGUCGCCCCGCCCCCAGACCAAGCAUGUUUAUCGUGCUCAUCAGAACGGAUAUAAAAUAUUGAAUUUUUCUUUUUGUGGAACAUUUGAAAUAGUAUUAGAGAACUUAAUUUAAAAAGGUGUGAAUGAGUGUGUAAAUGCAUGUGUAAAAUAAUGUUUUAACAAAAACAUUUACUGGAGAAGUUCUAGCAUGGCAAUUAAAGUUGGUAUUAGGAGUUGCUAGCUUCACAGGAUAAUUACAAAAAUUAUGAAUUGUGCAAUGUUUUUGGAGAACGAUUUCUUUUUUACAGCAAUAUCCUUUAAUUUUUGGCAGAUAUUUUAUUUAAAUAUGUGGCUGUGAGAUGGCAGGAUGAGGAAAAAUAAUUUUAAAAAGGGUAAUAGAGGGAUCAUAACAGUGGAACACAAAUCUCUUCUGCAUUUUGUACUGGUACUGUAUAAAAAAAAAUAUUUUAUCCACACAGCCUUAAGUUGAUUGCAUCUAAACUUUGUUACCAUUUAGCUUCUCAAAAAGUCUUAUCCUUGUGUUUAAUUUAUUUAUGGCGCUUUAUCUGGAAAAAAAAACUUGUACAGUUUCAACUUGUAUCAGCCAAACAUCACUAAACAAAUUCUGUUCAGCAGGCAAAUGUUUGUUAUAAUUUAAUGUUCUCUGUAAAUUAUACAAUUGUGACUAUCAUUUUCAGUUGGUUUCUUUUUUUUAGUUAUUAAAAAAAAAUAUUUUA